AUCCCUCCUGGUCAUUCGUUCUGCCAGGGAAGGGAUUGGGAGUGAGGGCACAAGAGGGAGGGAUCUGGAAUUUAUCGGCAGGCAUUAUGGCGGCUUCCUCACCACGUCCCCAGUUAUUGGCCUCGGUGCCUUCGACUGAAUCGUCACCGCCUCCUUCCCCGGUUCCGCUGGACGCUUCUGCUUCGACACGGCAGUCCAGUAGUGCCCAAUUUAAUCCCCAUCAUAGACACCAAUUUCUACCUCUACCUUCUCAUCAACCCCUUGCCGCAUCAACGUCCGAUCAUCCUACUAUACCCACCACCCUCCCCGGCCAGUCAGCUCGGCCACGUCUUCCUGGUCGACAGGAGACCCCACCGUCUCCUCCCAAUUCAGUUCUACUUGAUCAGUCCCCAACCUCUCCAUCUCAGCCUACACCUGCGGAACCUAUUGCAGAGUAUCCCUCCUCGCAUCAGUCAAUCACCGGAACGGGUGCAGAGGGCUCGGGAGUUGCUGGGCAUCAAACGCCACCCCCGUCACUGAAGGACAGGCUCGCCCGGGCCUUCAAGGGCCACAAGCGUGGGGAAUCCGAUGUCAGCAUGUCCACAAACUUCAAUCCUAGAGACGGUGCUUCAACAUCGAAUCACCGUCAUAAUAAUUCCGGCUCGACCGCCGUCACCUCUACCACCGCCACAGCUCAAAAUAUCGGAGAUAACAACCCCAUUCUUCAGACUUAUAAAGCCAAGACUGACCUGGGCUUUUCCCCGACAAAACCCGACUUUUACUCGCGCCAGUGGGCCUCACCGAUUCGUCCCAAUAGCCAGAAUCACUACACUUACGGUCAUGGGGGCACAAAGCGGAGGGUUAUGAAUGGGGGAGAAGUUCGUGUCGAGAUCCUGCCGCACCCGAGUGUCAUCGUGGAGAGAAGUGCUCAUGAGGAGGAGGAGGAGGAGGAGAAACCCAGUUUGUUUGAGGAGUACAAGGAACAGGGGAGCGGUGAUGCUCAGAAGAGUCAUGGCGUCAAUCAUGUGAGAUAUGCUCAGCAUGAAGACGUAUACAAUAUCGAGACACCGAAUCCCCCUCGCCAUGGCGGCCCACGUUCACAGAGCGACCUCGACAAUUACCUUCCACCCUUGAAUCAUAGUCCGGCAACUAUGGGCGACUCUUCUCCACGCAGCCGAACGGCAUCCAGUCUUGAGACGGACCUCUCUGGCGACAGCGAUUCUUCGGGAGAUAGCCGGGAGCGUAGGUUUGUCGAAGAAUCAACCGCUUCUUUUGGGUUUGAAAACUUCCACAUGGGGUCUGAGGGUGAGAAUUACUUUGCCGGGCUGCCGAGUCCCAAUCCCGACAGCGAUUCUGCACGCACGGGUCUCUACGGCUCGAGCGGUAUGGCGAGUAGUGGGGUUUUGGCUUCCGUGAGCCAGGGAGAUCUCGGCACGCAGGCAAGGAGUAAUUCAUCGCUCGGGGCCUAUACCGCGAGUAAGAGUAGUAGUGGUGCUGUGGGUAGACCUGGAUUGAGCAGUUCUCACCUUCUGGCGCUCCAAAGAGGGACCCAAGUACCCAGCUCAGGAAGUAGCCCCAUGGAGGGUGCUCUUGCCAAAGAACUCAAGAGGCUGAGUAAGAUUUCGGCGGGAAGUGGCGUUAGUGGUGUGGCUAUUGUUGUCACUUCGGAUGAAGCUACUUCCGGCUCUAGCGAAGAUUCUAACGAUGACGCCGACGAUCAGAGGUGGACCAGAGAGGAGAAGGGUAAGGGAAGGGCUCCUCGUUCCGUCGAUAGCGGUAAUGGGGGUAUGGCUGAACCCGGUGGAAGCGACGCACGUCUUGGAAAUCGCGGGGAACACUAUCGUUCGGGGAGUGGAAUCAGCAGAGUUAGCGGGUGGUCAUUGGGAGAUCAGAGUGGCGGAACAGGUAGCGGCAGUGACGGAGGAGAUGAUGAUUCAAGGGAACUGCUUGGGGCUGUUGACCGGACAAAGAAGCGGAAGCUGAGGUCUCAGGUGCCGCCUAAGGGAGUGUUGGUGCACGAAGGAGAUGAGAGAUACGACUUGUGAGUUCCCCUUCCUUCGAGAAGUUGUACACGAUGGAUUGGAGGCUGUUCGCUAACUGCCAAAAGCGUCUAUCGUAUGCGCCGUACUCCGGAUGAGACACCCAUCCUGGUUCCACAGUAUACCUUCUCGUCCGAAUCCUCUUUCCCCAAUCGCAACGCACUUACCUUGCCGAUACCCGCCAAGAUCUCGUCCCCUAACCUUCGCGGUGCGGAUCACAUCCCUCUCGCUACACGCUACGGGAGCUCUCCCAUUACUAAGCCGGAAGGAGCUGUUGUCCGAUCCCCCGAUCUGGACGAUUCCUACUAUGGCGGUAUGAUACCGGGCGACCGGGCCGAUGAAUCUCCUGCUCGCUCUGCGAGAUACUCCGGAUCUCACGGGUCCAUCACUCAAUCUAUGAGCGACAAUCAGAUGGGGGAACUGGUACAUCCCGCCCAUAGGCAGGCUUCACGUGCUUCUCAGCGUGGGGGGAAGAAUAGAGGUGUGGUUUCUAUGGGAAGUCUGGAGGGGAUCACGGGGAUUGGUUUGAGGCCGAUGCCCUCCCCGGGGCUUUCUGGAGGCAGAUUUGUCGGUAGUAGCCUGGCUGAUACCAGUGAUAUGGGCCAUCCACUCGAAGAUGCUACCGCUAAGAGCGGCAUCAAUCCGAAGAGAGUCCGCAUGAGCGCUAACCUCGAUGAAAUUGCUCCUGCCCCUGAACAUCGCUUUGAGCGCGAGCCUGAAGUUCAGAAAAAGCGAAAGAGCUACCGUCUUCCCGCUCUUGGCUCACGCCCCAUGAGACCGAAGAGCUUGCGCAGGAGCAUGACUCCGCAUCUUUAUGCUCCUAGGCCACUUGGCGAUUCCUGGAAAGAUCUUGCUGAUAUUGAGAGCUUGCCUGAUAACGAGCAAACUCUCGAAUAUAGAGAGAGGGAAAAGAGGGCUGGGAGACUCCUCCUGGGGUUUUGCAUGCUUUUCCCUCCUUUGCUCUUGGUGGUUGCUUGGGGGGGAUUCGAUGUUACGGUCGAAAGUUGGACUUCUGGUCGGGUUAAAGGUGUCGGGAGGGUGGAGAAGAGAAUUGCGGCGUGGGUCGGUGGUGCCUUUGCAGUCUGUGUGGUCGCUGGUAUUAUUGCUGGUGCGGUGGUGAUUUCGAUUUAGCUUUCACUUUUCCUUUCUCAUCACUGGGCGGUUUCCAUUGGAUUUGGGUGGGUGGUGCAUUUGCCAUUGUUUCAUUCUUAUACAUUCUAGGGAGCUCUUUAGGGCGUCGGUAAUCUUUUUUUCCUUCUUCUUUCUCUUUCCUGGUUCCGGUGAUUUUAUACCCGUGGUGCGAUUGCAUUAUCAUAUCAUAGCUCUUUCUUUUUUCCCGCUCGUACUCGGAGUCAUUUAGAUGGCUACCUUUAUUUUUUAUGCUCCCUUAACCAUGAUAUUAUCGCCCUUCAUUUCUUGUAUUAUUAUUAUACCCCAUAUACCCCCCUCCCUACAAAUUUGCUCCAUGUUAUCGCUGGAGGAAAUUAUAUUAAUAUUGGCACGAUACCUCCCGUGAAUGGCAGACAGGGAAGGGUGGUUCGGGGUCAUGCUUGGUGGCGCAAAGCUUUGGGGUUUAAACUGUAUCAUUAUUCAUAUUCC